AUGUCAGAACUCCGCCAGCGACCAACAGCUACAAAGUCCGAAAAGACCGAGAUACCACAGCGCAGAAGGCCAUCCGACAAUGACGAAGAUCACGGUAUCAGCCUGCUGGACAUGAUUCGGGUCAUUGUGACCCUGAUCGUGGCCUCCUGCGGUCUGUCUUACUACAUGACCUCGACAGAGUCCAUGCUAUGGGGAUAUAGGCCGUGGUUUACGCGGUGGCCGGUGGUGAAGCAGUGGGUGAAUGGCCCGGUAAACCUCACACCAGCUCAAUUAUCCCUCUACAACGGCACAGAUACCACCCUUCCCCUCUACCUCGCCGUAAACGGGACCAUCUACGACGUCUCUGAGAACCGAAUGAUCUAUGGGCCGGGUGGGAGCUACAAUUUCUUUGCUGGGCGCGAUGCCACGCGCGCUUUUGUGACAGGCUGCUUUAAGGACGAUCUUACGGCUGAUAUCCGCGGCGUGGAGACUAUGUUCGUGCCUGUUGAGGAUGUCGUUGAUGAGGCUCUUACGUCUGCGCAGAAGAAGAUCCGUCGGGAGAGGGAACUACGGGCUGCUAAGGCGAAGGUUGAGGCGACCGUCAAGAGGUGGCAGGGCUUCUUUGCGAAUCAUAAGAAGUAUUUUGAGGUUGGGCGUGUGGUUGACGGGACUGUGGAUGGGGAGGAGUGGCCGCUCUGUGAAUCUGCCGAGAAGCAGCGGCCGAAGAGGAGUGCGAUGAAGGAGGAGUCGUAG